UAUAGUAAACGCACAUACGCCAAAGAAUAUACACGCUUGUUUAGCCCUGAUAAUCCUGUUUUCUCUUUUGGUGUCUGAUUUGAGCACGUGGAUAUACGCAAAAGAAUUUUUAUUUUAAUUCUGUUAUAUAAAAUAUAAUAAAACUCAUGGGUAAGCCAGGAUUCUCGCCCGGUGGAGGUAGAGGAGGUCGAGGCGGCUUCGGUGGCGGAAGAGGCGGCGGCGAUCGUGGAGGCAGAGGUGGUGGAAGGGGUGGUUUCGGUGGCCGCGGAGGAGGUGGCGGAAGAGGUGGAUUCGGAGGACGCGGGGGCGGAGGAGGCACACCACGUGGUCGUGGAGGUGGCCGCGGUGGUGGAAGAGGACGAGGUGGUGGCGGUGGUGGUUUCAGAGGCGGAAAAACUGUCAUCAUCGAACCCCAUCGUCACGAAGGUGUCUUCAUCGCUAGAGGCAAAGAAGACGCGCUCGUCACUCUCAAUUUAGUUCCCGGCUCAGAAGUCUAUGGCGAGAAGAGAAUAAGCGUCGAGAGUGAUAAUGGAGAAAAAGUGGAAUACAGAGUCUGGAAUCCGUUUAGAUCAAAGUUGGCAGCCGCCAUCCUAGGAGGUGUCGAUCAAAUCCACAUGCCACCGGGCAGUAAAGUUCUGUACCUCGGAGCCGCUUCAGGAACAACGGUGUCUCACGUUGCUGAUGUUGUCGGACCAGAAGGUUUGGUGUAUGCAGUGGAAUUUUCCCACAGAUCUGGUAGAGAUUUAAUAAACGUAGCGAAGAAGAGGACAAAUAUUAUUCCUAUAAUCGAAGAUGCGAGACAUCCACACAAGUACAGAAUGUUAGUAGGCAUGGUCGAUACAGUAUUCGCAGAUGUGGCCCAACCAGAUCAAGCAAGAAUAGUGGCACUCAACUCUCAGUACUUCCUCAAGAAUGGAGGACACUUUGUCAUCUCCAUCAAGGCGAGUUGCAUUGACUCCACCGCACAACCAGAAGCAGUGUUCGCUGCUGAAGUGAAGAAACUAAUUAGCGAUAAACUGAAACCACAAGAACAGAUCACUCUUGAACCGUACGAACGAGACCACGCUGUCGUUGUUGGCUCAUUUAGACCUCCAGCGAAAAAGGCUGUAUGAAUGAUUUUCAUAUUACAGUGAAUAAGUUCGUAAAUAUUAAUUAUUCUCUAAUUGUCAAUAUAUUUUUCCUACAAAAUUGUUUUUCUACAAUGCAUUUGUUAAGUACUUUUUUUUAUCUUACACUUCUGACCUUUUCCUUUAAGUAAGGUACUAAAAUAUGGCCAACAGAUCUUUAUAUAUUUGUACUUUGCGACAUAAUACAAAAAGUAAAUGAGAAUGUUGUAUAUUGUUACACCAUUGAUAAUAUAGUAUUUUCCCAGUUAUAAUCAAAUUAAGAGAUUUCAAUUUAAAAAUAUAACUUUAGUUUCUAACAAAUUUUAUCGAUCUUUAAGACGAUAAGUUUUGUACGGAUCGUUCAUUUUUUUACAGAAAAAUAAAUAAAUUGGGGAAAUAAAGUUUCCUAUAUUUUAGAUGUA